AUGAUGAAACGCACAGCAUUAAUUAUGGUAUUUUUGGCCUUGAUUACUUUCGCAAUUGCCAACCAAGGUGUAGCUAAUCAAAACGGUUGGCCUAGUGUUGGAAAUGGUGGUUGGCCUUAUCGUUUGCCUAGUCGUUGGUUUGUUCAUUGGUAUGGUGGUCGUCUUUGGGGAUGGGAUAGAUAUUAUCGAAAAUGGCAACCAAUUUGUUUUUCGCAUAAUGGUAAAUGCAUUAAUACUUGA